AUGUCGGACGUGCACACCCAGGUGGUUGCGCUCUUGAACGAGCUGCACGCCAGCACACGAAAGGUUGAUAAAGUCAACCGCCUGCGCGAUGUGGAGGAGUUUGUCGUGCGAAAGGACCCGGGCCUCUUGGACAGCUUCUUCGACGAGCUGAUCCAGACCCAAACAGAUGCAGAGCCAGCCGUCAGAGUUCAACUCAUCAGUUUGCUCGAAGCAGCCUGUCUCCAAGAUACGGCCAUCAUUGCACGGGCCCUGCCGACCCUUGAGUACUUGCUUGCAGACGAGACACCUGUGGUCGUGAAGCGGGCCGUGCGCUGCUGCGCCAACAUCACCCGCCAAUGCUUUGCCCAAGCUGCGCCCCACGGCAUCAACCGGCAUCCAAGUCACGAGGCGGCGUGGGCUGCUUGCAUCAAGCUCAAGGCACAGGUGCUGGCGCUGCGUGCAGACAAGAACCCGGGCGUGAGCAGUCACGUGUUUCACUUUAUGGAGACACUUGUGCUGCUGUUCUCCUAUCGCACGCGCGGCAGUGUGGGCACCCAGCAGACGGAUGCCUCGCUUGAUUUGGUUGCGCCCGAACACCCAUUUCUCAACACAGCCAAGCUGCGCAAGCAAGGCCGCAUCCUGUUCAGCACGCUGGUUACGAGCCUGCUUGCAUCGCACGACAUCUCGAGCGUGCUUGCAGGCACCAUCACCACCAGCCUGACCUCCAUUGCUGAGCGGCGCCCCGUGUUCAUGGGCCCCGUCCUGGCCACCCUUGUCCGCAUCUUGGACGAGCCGCCAAUCCACUUCUCAAUGAGUGCCGUUCGCAGCAUGCGCAGGACACUGCGGGCGCAGCUGCUGAUUCUCUUCAAACACGAGGCAUCUGCGGAAUUCCACGACGAGCUUGUGCCGCGGCUGGAGGGCCUGGGCGUUGCACAGCGUGACAUCAACGACUACGACAAGCGGUCGGAGGUGCGGGCGCGACCACUGGACGGGUUUCUGCCGAAGGACAUUGAGACAGCGGUGGCGGCUGACGAGGCAGUGGUGGAUGAGGAUGAGAAGAUGCAGGGGGAAGAGACGAAGGAGCAAGAGGGUGGAGGUGAGGGUGAAGGUGAAGGUGGGGGUGAAGGUGAAGGUGAAGAGAAGAAAGAAGAAGAGAAGAAAGAAGAAGAGGGGGAAGAGCAGUUGUCGGCACUGGAAAAGGCGGCACAGGAGCAAAUGGCAAAGUAUCCGUUUGAAAAGCUCAAAGCGACACUGUCGCUCGAUUCGCUCGUCGACCUCGUCAUCACCAGUCUGCUUGCGCUGCCCGACGAGCUGCCGACGGGCGACGCAGAACUCACAGCGCGCGCACACAGAGCGCCCAAGCACGAGACGCGACAAACGGAGCGGCAGCGUGGAGAUGUGCGGGAGGCGAUUCGCAAGGACGAAGUCGAGACGUCCCUCGCCCCAGCCCUCCCCAUGGCCCCAAGGCCAGACAAUAAGCCCAAGAAGACCAAACCUGUGGUGACGCCAUCACGACCGGGAGCAAAACGCUUUGCCCUCCGCCCCGUUACACUCAGCGCAGCGGCCAAGCAACGGUUGUGCAUGGCUGCAUUUCGUCGCAUACUCAACAGCGCGUGCAAUGGCGGUCGAAGGGGUGUGCGUGCGCGUAUGUCCACGUUCGCCACCGUCGCCUGCCAGAUGCUGUCGGGACAGGCCGUGGAUGGUGCAGCGGUCAAGGGCACGGACCCCAUGACCAAGGAAACGCUGGAAGUAGUCGGUUCGAAUCCCGUUGCGCGGGCGGACUUUAUCAACACGUGGCUGUUCCACGAGUGGUGGCAGGCUGUGCAGCGGCAACAACAGGGCGAUGGCAACAGUGACGUUGGCGCUGGUGGCGUUGGUGACAGUCGUGAGAAGGAAACUGCACGUGUCAAGGAAGAGGAGGAGGUGGGAGAUCAAGCUUCGCAGCAAGCCAGUGGUGGUGGUGGUGGUGGUGGUGGUGGUGAUGGUGGCGAGAGUGUGGUGGCAAAGGAAGAGGCGCCUGUUCACAUGGACACAUCCACGGACGCGACGACAACAACCACCGCAGCUGCUGCUUCGUCGGCGCUAGGAAAGCAGAACAGUGGUGGCAGUGGACAAAGUGAUGGCGUGUUUGGGCGGUAUGACGCGUGUGCAAUGGCGUGCCUGCAAGCACUCCUGACGCAAUUACCGAUGAGCGAGGCGGCGGUCACGCGCUUGCUGUCUGAUUGCCCGCGUGUGAGCAGUGCCAUGGUUGCCAACGUGACAGCGAUCAUCCCCACAGAUGAGAGUGAUGAGGAUGACCCACAGUUACGGUUUGCGCUGUUGACACUGCGGUCGCUUGCUCUCAAGCGCGAGGAUUGCAGAGAGGCGUGCUUGCAGGCAUUGUUGUCGUCGUGCACGUCUCGCUCCGAAACGCUCGGCACCGCCGCAACCUCAACCAGCUUGCAGCUCUUCGAGACGGCGCCAGAGGCAAUGCGAGACAGCAUCCUCUCCUUUGCUGAGAACGCAAUGCUCGCCGCGCUGAGAACGACUGAAGUUGAUCAGGCAGCGAAGACCGCUGUUGCCGCGCAGUGCCGCCUCUUCUUCCAGCUCGUCCUCACUCGCGUCCACAAGUUCAACAGCCUUGUGCAAGGGUACGCCACCGCCACACCCUCUGCCAAGCGCGCUCUCCUCUCCAUCCUUCAGCACCCGGUGUCUGAGAUGCGACGGCGCGAGCCCACCGCCUUCUUUGAAGCGCUGCUCCACUUCCCCCACAACGCCGAAUCCCUCGUCCUCCGCGCCCUCCACACAAUCUGCGACGCAGAAGAAGCGAAGCGGAAAGUGAGCGCUGAAGCGCGCGCGUGUGCAAUGGCGCUGUACGAGAAGACACAUGACGUUCGGUUUCUCAUUCCAAUCAUCUCAGCACUCACACAGACGCAACUUGAGGACCACCUGGCCGAGUUUCUCAGUCUGCCCGCACGCGUCGUCAAGCAAGUCAUGCAGCGUCUACUCAAGCCAACAUGCCGUCUUGAUCCGCCAACGCUGCUUCUCCAACUCCACAAGCUCGAGCCAGCAGGAGCGCUCAAAAUUUCGAACAUCAUUGUUGCUGUGGACGCGUGCUUCCAGCGACGGGAUGUGUACACGCAGCCACUGCUGUCGACUGUUCUUGAGCAGUUGGCCGAGCUCUCCCCGCCACCGCGUCUUCUCAUGCGCACCGCAUCGCCGGACCUUGCUGCCCAGCUCAAGACGUACUGUGGCGAACACACGGACAGCCCACUGGCGAAGCUGGUCCAAGCGUAG